AUGGCGCGAAAAAUUGGCGCGGAUUGCGGGGCCGGUGAAGAAAACAAAAUGGAGGAAAGUGAAGUAAAGGAAAGAAAAAGAAAACCAAAUUUCUCACCGCUUGAAGUUUCCAUAAUUACAGAAAGUGUAAAAAAACAUAUUGAUGUGAUCCAGUCAAAGCUGACGAAUAAUAUAACCAACAAAAAAAAAAGUCAAGUCUGGGAGGAGAUUACCAAGGAGGUAAAUGCUGUUGGCCGAGCGAAUCGCUCCGUCCAAGAAAUAAAAGACAAGUGGAAGAACCUCCACUCAACAGCCAAAAAAGAAUUUAGUAAUUACAAGAAAGAGUACAAGAAGACUGGCGGUGGACCUCCACCCAAGCCCCCUUCCCAGUCAAGUGAGCAAAUCAUAGAAAUUUUUGAGGACACACCCGCCUUCUCCGGACUGGGGGGAUUUGAGACUGGUGGCGGCGAAGGGCUUGGUGAGAAAGCUUAUGUAAAUAUUUCAUUGUUUUACUGGUCAUGUGAUUUCCUAGAAAGCUGUAGCUUUGUCCGCCAUUUUUGGUAUGUUUUUAUCUGGGAACCUUUCGUGGAGCAUUUUAAGAUAAGUACUUAAGUUUUUAAAUUAUUUUGCAGAGUUUCCUCCCCAUUUUCUGCCAUUUUACUUUGCGAAAUUACCAACUCGAUGAUCCCCGACAGCAGCAAAAACGGGGUUAACUUCGGUGUAAGAACCUGUGAACUUUGUUUUUCUUGGUUCUGUUGUGUUAUCUUGUUUGAAUUCUCUCUUACACCGAGAAACGUUCGAAUGUAGGCUCUGAUGAACUCGUAAUUCGAGAAUAAGAAUUUGUUCUCCUUUGCUUUUCAGUGAAAAACUUACUUUUUUUAUAGUCAAGCGUGCAUUAAUGUUUCGAAGGCAAGUUUUAUUUCGAUGUAACAACAUAGGAAAGGGUCAACAGCGAAGGAAAUCUCAAUCGCAGUAAUAGAAGGACUUGAAAAAAGGCCACUGAGUGCUUAUUAAAAAACAUCAAUACAAGCUUACGUAAAUAUCCUACCUUUUUCAACAUUUCACCUAUAGUUCAAAUUUCUGGUGCUGAAUGCACAACAUUUUCUUGAAUUGAAUAUAGUAGAACCAGCUGAAGCAGAUAUUGUGGAAGACCAACAAGAUUUACCAACGCUAUCGAGUGAAGAAAUGAUGAAACUUGGUCUGAUAGCACAGGUUAAGGAAGAUCAUUCACCGUUGCCACCAAAUAGAAAGAGACGAAUUACACAAGCUGAUAUUCUGGAAGAGCAGCAAAAGGCAUUAAAGCUGCAACAAGAAAUGCUAGAGCUAAAGAAAACAAAGCUUCGAAUGGAAAUUCUUCUUAUCAGCAAAAAACUGGACGAUGAAGAUAAGGAAACCAUCCCAAAUUGA